AUGUUCGUGGAUAGAGCGGGGUUCUGGUGUAGAGUAUUGGCGGCGAGAUAUGGUGAGGAGGCAGGGAGAUUGGAGUUUGGGGGCCGGAGUGUGUCACCUUGGUGGAGGGAGAUAGCGAAGAUUAGGGAUGGAGUAGGAGAGGUUGAUGUGGGCUGGUUUGCAGGGAGGGUCUCGAAGGUAUUAGGGGAUGGAACAAAUACAUUUUUUUGGUUUGAUAGAUGGUUAGGAGAUGUUCCUUUGUGUAUGAGAUUUGCUCGCUUAUUUGAUCUCGCGACAAAUAAGCUUAGCACGGUUGCUGACAUGUGUAAGCUUGGUUGGGAGGAUGAGGGAGAGGUGUGGAGUUGGAGGAGACGGUUGUGGGCAUGGGAGGAAGACAUGUUAGGGGAGUGUAGGGCUUUACUUGACACUAUUGUUGUGCAGUCUAAUGUUUCUGACCGGUGGCAAUGGGAUCCAGAUCCUUACAAAGGCUAUACGAUGAGAGGCGCAUAUCAAACAUUAACAUCUACGGACUUACCCACAGGUUCCGUUGAAGGCUUCCAUUGUUGCCUGGCGUUUGUUGAAGGACAAGUUACCAACUAG